UCACACAGUGUGUGAGAGAGAGAGAGAGAGAGAGAGAGAGAGAGCGCUUUCCCUUCAAAUCUUCGUGACAACUCCAUGGAUUUCUCUGUGUUUGACAUCAUAUUCAAGCUAUUAUAACAUAUCCAAACUAAAAACAAAAUUUAAAGGUUUUUCAACAGAAACAAACGUGUUUAUAGUAAAAGUUGGCUCUUCUUUUUCCAACCUAUAGGUUCAGCUUGAGUCACGCUCUUUCACAAAGGAAAUAAAGCAGAACUUAAAAUCUUUUGAUUUGUUGGGAAAAAGAAGAUUCCCAAGAGAAAAGAAGGCCAUAACAUGAGUGAACAUUGCACAACCUCAUCAAUCAAAAAAAAAAAAAAAGUGAAAAGUAAGUACUAGGUUGUGGAAGAAAGAUGUGUUAGAUGCUCAGCUUAACAAACAGUUAUGGGGUUCAUCAAUCACUUGAAGUUCUAACAAAAAAUACAUCAUAGGAUUAGUUUUUGUCUCCCUUUCUUUAAUGGCUCUGUAUUCUCACUUUCUGGUUCUCUAUCUGUUCUUUGUAUCUUCUGUUAUAUGCCAAGUUACAGAAUUUAUCAGUAUAGAUUGUGGAGGCACAAGUAAUUACACUGAUCCAAGAACUGGACUAGCAUGGGUUUCAGACAACGGUACAAUCAUGAAGUAUGGAAAAUCAUCAGAAGCACGGGUUUCAAAUGGAAAUACGCAGUAUCAAAGACGGCGAGACUUUCCUAUAGACAGCAACAAGUACUGUUACACUCUAGGUACCAAAGAGAGAAGGCGGUAUCUUGUCCGUGCCACUUUUCAAUAUGGAAGUUCGGAAAAUGAAGAUGCCUACCCCAAAUUUGAUCUCUACUUGGACACAACUAAGUGGUCGACUAUGGUAGUAUUGGAUGCUUCAAGAGUUUAUGUGAAGGAAAUGAUUAUCAGGGCUCCUUCAAGUUCAAUUGAUGUGUGCAUAUGCUGUGCUACAACUGGUUCUCCCUUCAUAUCCACUCUAGAAUUGCGACCUCUCAACCUUUCAAUGUAUGCCACUGAUUUUGAGGAUAAUUUCUUCUUAGAGGUAGCAGCUAGAGUAAAUUUUGGCGCUUUAAGCAAGGAUGCCAUAAGGUACCCGGAUGAUCCAUAUGACAGAAUUUGGGGUUCAGAUCUCGAGAGAAGGCAAAACUACCUUGUAGGGGUGGCCCCUGGCACAGUUAGAAUCAAUACAUCGAAGUACGUAGACACUAGGACUAGAGAAUACCCUCCAGUUAAAGUAAUGCAAACAGCUGUUGUUGGCACUAAAGAGAUACUAAGCUAUAGGUUGAAUCUUGAAGAUUUCCCUGCAAAUGCUCGAGCUUAUGCAUAUUUUGCCGAAAUUGAAGACUUGGGAGCCAAUGAGACUCGGAAAUUCAAAUUACAGCAACCUUACUUAUCUGACUACAGCAAUGCAGUGGUAAAUAUAGCAGAAAAUGCCAAUGGAAGCUACACUCUUUAUGAACCCAGCUACAUGAAUGUGUCUCUGGAUUUUGUUCUUUCAUUCUCUUUUGUCAAGACCCGAGAUUCUACACUAGGACCACUCUUAAAUGCGAUUGAGAUUAGUAAAUACCUAAAGAUUGAACCGCAGACUGACAGUAAAGAUGUGACUGUUCUCAAUGCCCUUCGCUUUCUGUCUGCUGAAAGUGCUUGGGCAAAUGAACAAGGCGAUCCUUGUGUUCCUGCUCACUGGGAAUGGGUGAAUUGCUCCUCAACCACACCACCAAGAAUCACAAAAAUUGCAUUGUCAGGAAAGAACCUGAAAGGAGAGAUUCCACCUGAGAUUAACAACAUGGAGCAUUUGACAGAGUUGUGGUUGGAUGGUAACUUCCUUACAGGGCCUAUCCCUGGUAUAAGCAAUCUCGUUAAUUUGAAAAUUGUGCAUCUGGAGAACAACAAACUGAAUGGUCCAUUGCCCAAGUACCUUGGCAGUUUGCCUAAAUUACAGGCACUGUACAUACAGAACAACUCCUUUAGUGGGGAAAUACCUUCAGAAUUUUUAACUAGAAAAGUUAUCUUUAAUUAUGAACAUAAUCCUGGGCUACACAAAGAGGCAAGAAAAAAGAUGCUCUUGAAGUUGAUAGUUGGAAUUUCGAUUGGCAUACUUGCAGGUCUAUUAGUUGUUGUGAUAGGAAGUUUACUAUUCUUGCGUAAUCUUCAAAGAAAGACAUCUCAUAAAAAAAGUGAAGUCCAAGGUAAUUCUUUGCGUGCAAGUACCAAGCCUUCGACUGCGUAUACUGUAGCACGGGGUUGGCAUAUGAUGGAUGAAGGAGUUUCAUACUAUAUUCCGCUCCCUGAGCUUGAAGAAGCUACCAAGAAUUUUUCCAAGAAAAUAGGCAGAGGAAGUUUUGGGACUGUCUACUAUGGGCAAAUGAAAGACGGAAAAGAAGUGGCAGUUAAGAUAAUGGCUGACUCGUCCACUCAUCUGACGCAGCAGUUUGUGACUGAGGUUGCCCUCUUGUCAAGAAUUCAUCAUAGGAACUUGGUUCCUCUGCUUGGAUAUUGUGAAGAAGAACAUCAGCGUAUUCUGGUUUAUGAAUACAUGCACAAUGGAACUUUGCGUGAUCACAUUCAUGGUCCUGUCAACCAGAAGCGCUUGGAUUGGCUAGCUCGUUUGCAGAUCGCAGAGGAUGCAGCAAAAGGACUUGAAUACUUGCACACCGGAUGCAACCCCAGUAUCAUACACCGAGAUGUUAAAACAAGCAACAUUCUCCUGGACAUCAAUAUGAGAGCAAAAGUGUCAGAUUUUGGGCUCUCAAGGCAAGCUGAAGAAGAUUUAACCCAUGUAUCAAGUGUGGCGCGAGGAACAGUCGGCUACCUGGAUCCUGAGUACUAUGCAAAUCAGCAAUUGACUGAAAAAAGUGAUGUCUACAGCUUUGGAGUAGUUCUCUUAGAACUGGUAUCAGGAAAAAAACCUGUCUCAACAGAAGAUUUUGGUUCUGAAUUGAACAUUGUUCAUUGGGCAAGGUCCUUGAUUCGUAAAGGAGAUGUGAUGAGCAUUGUAGAUCCUGUUCUAAUUGGAAAUGCCAAGAUUGAGUCCAUCUGGAGGAUUGCUGAAGUUGCAAUCCAAUGCGUAGAACAACGAGCAGUUUCUCGGCCAAGGAUGCAUGAAAUAAUUUUGGCUAUACAAGAAGCUAACAAGAUUGAAAAAGGAACUGAUGGCAGCCAAAAACAACAAUCUGCUAGUUCAAAGGCACAAUCUUCCCGGAAAACAUUACUCACAAGCUUUCUCGAGAUUGAGAGCCCUGACUUAUCUAAUGGUUGCCUUGUCCCAGCAGCCAGAUAGUUUUCUUUCCAUCAGCCUUCGCUUAUCUGUAACAUAUACUCUUACACCAUAUCCACACUUUUUUUUUCAUAUUUUAAUCUGAAUUAAACUGAUACAAUAGAAUAUAAAAGUGAGAGAGGUCAAAAUUAUUUUUCCAA